AUGGACGACGCCGCCGGUCUAGCCAUUGCCUACGAGGAGACCAAGAAAUCAUAUGAAGAAGGGGGAAUUCCUAGCAAAAUCACCACUACGAGUUUUCGAAAUAUCGAAACAGCAACCCUCCAAAACGCAGGCCGUCUCCCCGCCCCCACCUACUCCAGCUCCACUAUAUACACCACCUUGUCUCCCUGCGACAUGUGUACGGGAGCCAUCCUCUUAUACAAGAUCCCGAGGGUGGUGAUAGGAGAGAAUCGCACGUUUAAGCCAGAAAACGGGGGAGGGGAGGAUUACCUAAGAGAGAGAGGGGUGGAGGUUGUGGUUGUUGAUGAUGAGGGGUGUAGGGGGUUGAUGGAGCGGUUUGUGAGGGAAAAGCCGGGGGUUUGGUGGGAGGAUAUUUGUGAGGUUGGGGAGGUGGGGAAGAGGGAGGAGAGGGAGGAGGGGGAGGAGGAGGAGAGGGAGGAGGAGGAGGAGGCUUAA